GUUUCCUAUUUGGACUUUGGCUCCCUCCCUGCUUCUCCGGAGCACUCUCUCUUGCCUGAAACGCGAGCGGAAUCGAGAAUCAAGGAAAGCAUUUGCUUCUCUCAUCUUCUUCUCGGGGUUUGGAACUGGAGGGAAGGCUAUGGCAGCGGAAACGGAGGUCUCUACUGCCGAUUUGGCCCUUUCGGAGACCAAUAUCAACUGGGAAAGGUUGGACAAGACAAGGUUUCAUGCCAUUGGAGCAAUAUUAUUUACAGUACAAUUAGGCCUAUUGCAUCCAAUAGCUGUAGUAAAGACCAGGAUGCAAGUGGCUGAAGGUGAAAUGGCUCGCAUGCAUGGAUUCUCAGUAUUUAAAAAUAUAUUGAGGAAUAAUGGACUCGCUGGCAUUUUCAGAGGUUUUGGUACCUCUUCUAUUGGUGCCUUACCUGGUAGGGUAUUAGCCUUGACAUCUCUUGAAGUUUCAAAGGAGAAGAUGCUGAAAUCUAUUGAAGAUUUGGAUAUGCCAGACGCAACACGUAUUGCUGUCGCUAACGGCACGGCUGGGUUAUUCUCAAAUUUAGUUUCUUCUGCAUACUUUGUACCCUUAGAAGUGAUUUGCCAGAGACUGAUGGUUCAAGGUCUACCUGGAAUUACUACAUAUAAUGGUCCUUUUGACGUUGCUCAUAAAGUACUUAAGACUGAGGGUCUGCGUGGUUUGUACAGAGGUUUCGGGCUAACAGUAGUGACCCAGUCACCUGCAUCAGCACUUUGGUGGGGUGCCUAUGGAUCUGCACAGCAUAUUAUUUGGAGGAGUUUGGGCUUUGGAGAUGAAAUAGAGAGGAAGCCAUCUCACCUAGAACUAGUUACAGUUCAAGCAACGGCAGGAACAAUUGCGGGCGCAUGCUCUUCUAUCAUAACUACCCCAUUAGAUACCAUUAAAACACGACUUCAGGUCAUGGAUGAUUAUGGCACUGGAAGGCCAUCAGUCUGGAAGACGACAAAGGUACUUCUUCAAGAAGACGGUUGGAGAGGCUUCUAUAGAGGUUUCGGUCCCCGCUUUCUCAACAUGUCACUCUGGGGCACUUCGAUGAUUGUAACAUAUGAACUGAUAAAGCGCUUAUCGUUGAAACGUGAGCAAUAAUAGCUUGACGCGCACAUGUGAUCGGCGAUAACACAUUGCCUUAGUAUUUUGAGGAGGCACAGUUGGUUUCGCUCGAUCAAGACGGCCGGUUUUUCCAUUGGAUUAAAGAUUUAACAUGAAUUCUUCGGCAAACUUAUUAUAGUUUUAUUGUUUUCCGAUUGUACCAUUAACCGAGCCGAAUGUGUUGUAGACAUUGCUUUUUGAGCUUGGAACUGAAGUCUUUGAUUCAUUGUAAUACAAAAAUUUUGCUG